AUGAGAGGAGCGGAAGAAGCGAGGAGAAACUACCCAACUUCCAAGGUGCUCAAGGUUUGCAUCGUUGGUCCAAAAUGCAGCGGCAAGACGGCGUUGGCGAGAGCCCUGGCUGGAGCGCCAUGGGAAUCUGGGCGACGAUACACACCCACCGUGGGAGUCAGAAUCCAGGAACUCUCGAUCAAUAAAAACACAACUUUGGAGCUCUGGGACUGUUCUGGAGACGCAAGAUAUGAAGCUUACCAUCCAGCAGUAGCCAGCAACGCAGAAGGGGUUAUCCUUGUUUACACCUUGUUCCAACCAAAGCAGAAGCUAGAACUGGAGAAAUGGUACCACGAUUUCGCUGCUGCAAACCAUCUGCCAGCGUCCGUGUGUCCGAUAAUCGGCGUUGAUACGGGGGUGAACAAUUCCAAAGCAUCUGCGAUGGAAGGCCGGAUUGCGGCUCUUCCACACAUGGUAUUGGUGCUCAAAAAUCCAGAGGCAAAUGCGCAGCUGCUCCAUGUACUGGAUGACCUCCUGCAGAACAUUCUUAAACGCAAGAGAUCCCAGGAAUGA